AUGAAUAAUUCUUCGAUAUUUAAUUAAUCAUAUUGUAAAACAGAAGGUGAUGAAUAUUAUGGGAGCAGAGCCUUGGACAUCCUCAAAGAGAAAAUGAAGAUUUUUGAUUUAGAAAAAAUACCUCAACUUACUUAAUAAUAAAGAGCAAGAGCACGAUCUAAAGAAAGAAGUAAGACUCCAAAAUUGUAGAUUCAUUCAAAUAGCAAAUAACCAACGAAUUAUUCCCAGUAUCGAAUAUCAAAUAAAGAAUAAACAUACAAAUCCACAAAUGAAAUGUUCUCAAGAUAAACAAUAGAAUCCAUAAAAAGUAGAUUAAGCAUGUAGGAUGCGAAGUUAUUAGACGUUCCUAUCAUUAAAAUAUCCAGAGAAAGGCCACUCAACAAUAAUAAUGAAUCUUUCAAUACAAUGUCGUUAAUCCUAAUGGAAAAAUACUACUAAUCAACGAUCAAAUAUUAAUAAAAAUAAGCAAAAUAAUUGGAAAAACAGGCCCAGAAUCCCAAUACUUCUAUCAAUACAAUAUCACAAAUCAUAAGAAACAAUUAAGCUGUUAAAAAUUAUAAACGAAAACUAAGACAUAGUAGAAGAGACUUAAUAAAAGAAAUCCCUCAACACUACUCAGCCCUCAACAAUUCAAGAUAAUUUAGUUCCGAUAAAUCAAAUUAAGAAUAUAGUAGAACUACUUAAAUAGUAAGCAAAUACUCAUCUCUUUGA